AAUUGCAAAGAAUGCGAUAACUGGACAUGGGGAGACAACUGCAGUGAACUCUGUGAUUGUGACAAAAACAACACAGAAAUCUGCUCUAACAAUGGUACCUGCACUUGCAAGUCUGGUUUCAGAGGAUCUUUAUGUGACCAGGUCAUUGAUGUUUGUUUAGAGAACUCACCUUGUGGUGACAAUGCAAACUGCAUCAAUAUUAAUGGUGGAUAUGAAUGUCAUUGUAGUGAGGGCUUCAAGCACAGCUCUUUGAACUAUGACAUGUGUGAAGGUAAUGUUUUCUUGGAAAUAUAAACUUGUUCAUGUUUGGCUUAAUUAUUGUAAAACACCGUAACCACUGUCAAAUUUACAGAUAUGAGGAAGGAGACUAAGUAAAAAAUUGUAAAGGUGCAGUUAACUAGAAAAUAAAUAAAAGAUUGUGAAAUUCUUAGAUGGAUAUUAUGUCUAAAAGAUUUCUCCUUCAUUCACUUUGAUCAGUGGUCGGCAAACUCAUUAGUCAAAAGAGCCAAAAAUCAACAGCAGGACGAUUAAAAAAUUUUUGAGAGCCAUAUUUCUUGUCAAGAACCAUGUUUUUCGGAGUCAAAACCGAUUUGUGGCUGACUGGCAGAGCCGCACCCAUUCGUUAAUGCGGCUUGUGAGCCGGGAUUUGCAGACCACUGACAUAGAUAAACAAUUUUCCAAUUAUACUAAGUUUUUCAUUAAAUUCUAACCCUAAUUUUUUUUUGUAUAAGUGUGGUCAACUUCAUGCUUAGUAAUAACUGCCAUAACUGGAACUGUCAAUACAUGUUACUAAAUUUUGUUAAAAAUAGAGAUUAACUCAUUCAAAUUAAUUGAUACCUCAAAAAAUAAGCAGAUCAUUAUUAAUAAAUCUCUAAAAAGCUUCAUUGUCUUUAUAAAUAGUCUGCCUCACUUGGACAUGGGGUGCAGAUUGUAACAGAACAUGUGAAUGUCAUAAAAACAGCACAGACAGCUGCAAUGUUGCCACCGGUGACUGCCUUUGCAAACCUGGAUUCAAAUCCAUGAACUGUGAUAUGGAUAUCGAUGAGUGUCAUCAGUCAGCCAACUUGUGUAGUGAAAACAUGAAGUGUGUCAACACUGCGGGAAGCUACAAGUGUGAGAUUUCAUACCAUUAUUUUUAA